GAGAAUUGGAUGGAUGAUAUUGCAUUCACUUCACAAUGCUUGUCUGGAUCAAAUCAGCCACUUAUCUUGCCGUCCUUACAUUUAUUUUUCUCAUUGGAAGAAGGUUUUGGGAUGGUUUUACUGUCACUGUACGUGUUGAUCCUGAAAUUGCCUUGGUCGGACAAGGUGUGAUUCUGUCCUGCCACAUCACUGGCCAGCUUCCCACUAAUUAUCAAGUACGUUGGUAUAGAUUGGAAAGGAACAAAAAUACAACGUUAUAUUUUUACAAUAAUCUAUCAAAUGGGACUGAGAUGGUCCGGGCUGGGGACCACCCCAUGAGUGAUGCUCUCAAAGGCUGGUAUGAGAAUGGAGUUGUUACGGUGAGACUCUUUCCUGUGCAAAAAGAAGAUACUGGGAAGUACGUGUGUGAAGUGACAGGUGAUGGUGUCUACAAAGAAGCCGAUACCCAGGUGAUUGUUGCAGACAAAAGGAAGUGGAACGGAGACAAAAGGCAGCAGGAAAUGGGUUUCUUAUUCUGUUUAUUGCCCUUUAUUUAUGUGACUGUUGAACAUAUUUUUGGAAAAAGAAAAAGUUUCUUCUUUUGUUUAUUGUUCUUUAUACCUGUGAUCGCUGAAAAUUUCUUUGGAGAAAGCAAAUGUUUCUUAUUACCCAUUAUUCCUUUGACCACUGAAUAUUUUUUUGGAAAAAGCCAAAACCAGUUCCAGAAUGAGAUUGACAAGGGUCAACAGGAGGAAGAAAAAAUACACAAUACCUAUGCUAAUCUAAGCCUGGACAUGGCCCUGUGUCGGAGGAAAAUCAGGAACUUGCAGAAGAGAAUGAAAAACCUAGAGCGGACAAUACAGGAACUCCACAGAGAAAACGAGCAACUCCAAGAGCAAAAUGAGCUACUCAAAGAACAAAAUGAAAGCAAAAAAGAGUUUCCUGAAGCAGAGCAUCUUCAAGAUCAACUUGAACAACUCCAGAGAGAAAAUGAGCAACUCCAAGAGCAAAAUGGGAACUUGCAGAAGAGAAUUCAACACCUUGAAGAACAAAAUGAGCAACUCCAGAGAGAAAACGAGAACUUGAAGAAGAUAAUAAAGCAACUCAAAGAACAAAAUGAAAGCAAAAAAGUGUUUCCUGAAGCAGAGCAACUCCAGAGAGAAAAUGAGAAACUCCAAGAGGAAAAUGGGAACUUGCAGAAGAGAAUUCAGCAACUUGAAAAACAAAAUGAAAGCAAAAAAGAAUUUCCAGAAACAGAAAACCUGCAGAUUACUAUACGUGAAAUGCAGAAGGAAAUAGACUGGAGAAGGGCUCGGAGCAAAUCAGAUGACAUCACUCUGGAUGCAGACACGGCCCAUCCCAACCUCUCCAUUGCUGGAGAUAAGAAGAGUUUGACUCAUGAAGCCCAACCUCAGAAAUCUCCAGCUAAUCCAGAGAGGUUCGAUGCAACUGUCUGUGUGCUGGGCUCUGAAGGAUUCUCCUCUGGACAGCAGUACUGGGAGGUGGAUGUUGAGAGAAGCACUGAGUGGGACCUGGGUGUGGCCCUCAAAUCCAUAGCAAGAAAAGGAAAACUCUCCCUGUCCCCUAAAGAGGGAUUCUGGGUUCUGGGUCAGAGUGGGAGAGAUUACUGGGCUAAAACAGACCCAUGGACCCGGGUCAUAGUGCAGAAAAAGCCCAAGAAUAUUGGAGUUUAUUUUAGUUACGAAGAGAGGCAGGUGACCUUUUUCAAUGUAACUGACAUGUCUGUGUUGUUCACAUUUAAGGAUUGUUCAUUCUCAGGAGAGAUUUGUCCAUUCUUUAAAAAUUCACACAAAGAAACAACAAUGAGAAUUUAUUAAAUUAAAGCGAAAUAAAUAUAUCAUGACAGUGAUGCUGAUUUUAUAUUAAUAUAACUGAAAUCAAGGUUAUAAUGA